AUGGCUCGCAACCUCAAACACCCUGAUCUGGCCGGCAUACCACCUUCGAAAGAGAAGCAAAGGGAGUUUCAAAAGCGAUGGCGCCAAGAAGUAAUGAACGACCCGGAGAAGCGAGACCGACAGCGCCAACUCAACGCAGAAAACAAACGGAAACAGCGCGCACGAGCCAAGGAAAAUGCACAGGAUGACAUCGAAGGACAGCCUGCUGCCAAGCGGCGCCGCAAUGCAGUAACCACGGACUCUGCUGCAGGACCUUCCAACCUCCCGGAACCCUCCCUUUCUCCCGACGCUCAACCUGUUCUGAUCCCCAUAGAUCCAAAGCUCUUAUCACAACAAUCUCUAAAUGUCGAGGGGACCACAGAAAUUCCCCGUACUCGCGAAGUCAUGGUGACGACCGAAACCCAUCACACGCAAGAUGCAUCUGUCAUGACCGAAGCUCCCUCCCCCAUCUUGUCGACGCUCGCUGAGCAGAACAUGGACUUGGCAGCUGGGCUCAUCGGAUUUCAAGUGCCUGAACAAUCGCAGACAAUUACAUGGGCUAACGGAUGCACUACGGUCCUGCCAUGUGUUUGGGAGGACGGGAAAAAUAAAUGCGAACCCAACGAUGUCGACAUAGUGAGAUACCUAGCUCAGCUUCCCGAAUCAACUCCCGAUUCGGAGCACAUCAUCCAUCUAAGGUCAUCUGACUGGUGCUCGCGCCCAAAAGAACUACGUGAACGCGUCUGCGCAGGACUCCGCGCAGGAAAAGGUGUCGUCAUUCGUGCAGAUGGUAAUACUCAAGCGCAGGCACUCACUGCCGAAAGGCUCGACGAAGAGUUUGGUAUAUCACCUCAGAUGAGUGUGAUUGCACACGACCUCCGAAAACGGACAGAGACAUAUGACCGUCCAUUCGUGAGCUGUACAAUCGAACAGUUCUUCGACGCCUUAAACGACCCAUCUAAGAUUCAGUGCGUGCUUGAUCUACCACAUCUCCAGGGUGCUCUACCGCAAGAACUCAAACUUGUCGACCACGGCACCGUCCAUGCGUGGAGCCAAACCCUAACUGACUCCCGCGUUCGUGACCAAACUUACCAUCCCGACAUUUUCUUCUCACUUUCAUGGGCUUUACUUCACCAACCCGGGUUCCCAACGCCCAUACAUCAUGAUGCUGACGGGUAUCUAACGUAUCUCGAAAUGAUAGAAGGCGACAAACUUUGGGCCCCCCAUUGGCCAAAGGACCCCAACGUUUUGCGUACCAACCUCCUAAAACUAUCCAUGCUGUUAACGAACGUCUCACUCAAUCGCAAGGAGAUAGAAUCCAAUUGGUAUUCCGAAGUAGUAAGGCUCUCCAAAGGGGAUCUUUUCUUUCAACCACCUGGACUGUACCACGCAGUUUACACACCAGUACCAUCUUUUGCAACCGGCGGUCAUUUCUACAACUACGAGUGCAUGCAUUUGACCGAGCUGUCGCGUUAUGUCGAUGUAAAAGAAGGAAUUUUCUUAACCAACCAAGUCCAUGAGCACACCAUUGAAACGCUGCAACGGCUAGUCAUCAAUUUGCCCCGACUAUCCCCCAGCGUUAAGUUAUACCACAGGUCGCUUAUGGCCCUGUGUAUAAUGAUCAUAAAGCGGGAAAAAUAUGUUGCAGCUGGAAACGAUCAACGCACUACGAUCUUGAAAACAGGCAGCACCCCCAGAGCGCUCGCCAUCGCCACAACCAUCAUUAAGCAUUUCCACAAAAACAUCAAAUCGGCAGUUAGGGAGUAUUAUAAAGGAGACCAAACGGAUGCAGGAGACCUCGUCGAUAGAGCAGAACUUCUUACUUGCUUACAACAGUUUACCCCACUAACUGAGGUCUAA